AUGGACAACAGACCGGCCUCGGAGUACGCGCAGUCAGGUUCGCACUUUCCAUAUCCACCGUCUGUCGCGCCCCAUUCUGAACUUCCAGCUGCAGACCAGGCAUCUGCUGCUGCUACUGCUCAAUACACGCCUCAGCCUGAGGUGCGCCCCAAUCCUCAAUACACACCGCAACCCGAGGUUCGCCCCGCCGCCAAUAUUUCCUCUUCCAACACGCCGCAGUCAGACUACGGUCUGAAUCAGCCUCCGCCAGCCGCGCGCUCUCCAGCUUACCCUGAUUACCUCGCCCGCCCGCCCCAGUACCAUCACGCGCCGAACACACAGGCCGGUGGUGCGGCAGGUAUGGCUCAAGCAACAAGUCCGUCUAUGCAUACCCUCCAUGAUGGGCUGCAAAAUGACCAUCGCAAUCACACGAACGUAAAGUCUGACGCGGACGUUCCUAUAGAUCCCUCAAUCGCGGCCUCUAGCCCAACCUAUCCUCCUCCCUACUCGCCUUAUCAGCCACAGGGUCAUGAAAUGGCCCAGUAUCAAGGUCACCCUCCUCCGCCGCCUCCACAAAUGUAUGCGCGUCCAGAUUGGUCGCAUGGGUAUGGUCAACAUCAGCACGGUCUGCCUGGACCUUAUACCACUCCUGCCACAACGGUUGGUCCCGCCUCCCCUGCUGCGACCGCAGGCCGCGCCCUGGCCAGGUAUGUUUUUGAUGAUUUUGGCGUCUGUUUCCAAAGGCUGCGCAUUCGCGUCUACUCAUUCGUUCCGAUUCCCGGCGCGCAACAGCAUAAGCGGCCCCGUCGUCGGUAUGAGGAAAUUGAGCGUAUGUACAAGUGUGGAUGGAAUGGCUGUGAAAAGGCAUAUGGUACACUGAAUCACCUGAACGCGCACGUUACCAUGCAGUCCCAUGGAGCCAAGCGAACUCCUGAAGAAUUCAAGGAAAUUCGCAAAGAGUGGAAGGCUCGCAAGAAGGAGGAAGAAGCUCAGCGCAAGGCUGCCGAGGAACGUGAGCGUGCUGCUGCUGCCCAGGCUGCGCAAGCCAACCAGGUUGAUGCCCCUGGCCCUGGCGAUCCGGGGCAGCCCGGUCAGCCUCCUGCCUACCCUGGCAGUGUCCGUCCUCAACUGCCCCCGAUCGGGUACCAGCCCGCUGACGGCCAGGUGCCUGGUCAGUACGGAGCUCCUGGCGGUGGCAUGGUGUAUCAGGGCAAUGGACAGAUGGCCUAUCCGCCAAACUACCCUCACUCGCCUUAUGGCCAGAGCGGUCAAGUAUAUCAGCAACCUACACAUUCUGGAGACUCGGAACCUCUGAAUGUGAAUGAAGAAAUUGACGAACCGGAAUCCGUCGCUGAGAGCGGGGAGUUUGAAGAUUCGGAGUCUGCCGUUACGAGUGAGGAGUUUGAGGAUACGCUCCUGGAGCCCAACCGGUGGGUGAAAUCUAGAGAAGGAACCACACACGAUGACAUCUUGCUCUCGAUUGCGAAGGCAGGCACUUCGCCGAAGACUCGGGAGGAAUUGGACGGGACCAUGUCAGUCAGAGUUUCCGGAAAAGUUGUCGAAAUGGAGUUGAAAUGGUUGAAGGACCCUCGGGCGCUGUCUGACCGAGUCGCAAGGCUUUUAAAGGCCGAUGAUGUGCUGUUGGCUGUGGCGUUGGUCCGCACGGCGCAAAGGGAACGUAUGGAGUGCACGGUGGCUUGGAAUCAUCUCAUGGAGUAUUGUAUGACGAAGAACAAUCCGAAGGCAGCGCUUAAGUUCUACAAUGAGAUGAAGAAGCGAGGACGAAGGCCUAAUUCGGUGACGUACACAGUUAUGCUGGAUGGCCUAUGCAGAGUAAGCAAGGACGCCGGCGUCAACCCUGUCAAGACCGCGUUUUCUAUUUACAGGUCUAUCUUUGCACCCAAUUCAACCGUAACGCCAAACCUUAUCCACACCAAUGCAAUGCUCAAUGUCUGUGCACGCCAUCGUAAUAUGGACAGCUUAUGGCAGGUCGCUGGCGAGCUCCCUGAAGACGGACCAGGUUCUCCAGACUGCACGACGUACAGUAUUAUCCUGAGAGCUAUCUCGGAUGCAGCCCAGGCGGACGUAGAUCGGAUGAAGCCUUCUCAGGUGGAGAAAAUUCUUGCAAGGAAAGCCCAGGGUAUCAAGGAAGGUAAGCGGAUAUGGUCUGAUAUUAUCUUUCGAUGGAAGAAGGGGCAGCUCGAAUUGGACAACCUCCUUGUGAGCGCAAUGGCCAAUCUGCUCCUGGAAGGAUCUACCGAUCGGGACUGUUAUGACGUGUUCGUCUUGAUUCACCAAGUCACUGGAGUCCCAAUCCUCGCCAAAGAGCCAUCGGAUUCAUCUUCGAAACCACAAAAGAAGAGCAGAAGAGGCGACCUAGAGGAAGAUGUUCCGUUCGUGGAUGAUAGUGAAAAGUUGUAUCGACCAUCAGAGGCGGAGCCAGAGGAACUCGAACAAGAAGAGGAAGAAGAAACAUUCGAAAACGUUUCGACCCUAUCGUUGGCCCGGGACCUUCUUUUAUCUCUUGCUGGAAAAGCUUACUGGCAGCACCUAACCCUGGAAGACACACACUAUAAGAUUGAGCCGGAUGGCGGCACAUACCAUCAAUACCUCCGACUUUUACGGCUUGGCCAUUCCAGUCGCGUUGCCCUUGAGGUCAUACGCAAUCAGAUGGUGCCCGCCCAAAUGACGGAGGGGAGGUCUUUCCGGAUCGCAUUUGCAUGUUGUCUCCGUGAUCGCAAAAAUAUCAACGUUUUCAAGAAUGCUAAUGGGCUCCUUCAUCUCAUGGAGGAGUCACUUGUGCUACCUUUUCCCCAGGCAUUGGGAGCCUACCUCGACCUAGUCCGCAUCUUGGGUGAUAGCCCCCAGCUUCUUAUGUCACUGAAUGGCAUCGAUGGGACCGGGAAACGACCAGCCGGCGGCCUGAGUGCUCUGGGUCAGCAGUUGCGUCUUAAUUUACAAACAACCGCUGUUGAAACGCUGCGCCCUUGCGUUGCCAAACUUGAUACAGCUAUGAAGCAUGGUCUAGUGUCUCCAGUUCCAGUCACAGGCCGCGGUAUUCGCUCCAAUAGUUCUGAUCAGCAUGCCGUCUCCGGAGCGGAAGCUCUCAAGGUCUUAGCCACUGUGAGGGUUUUGAUAGAUGAUAUCUUGAAGCCAACAAACUCUAAGCUACUUUCCAAAGAAAUCCGCGCCCAACUCAAGAAAGAUUCACGGGAUUUAAGGAAGUAUUCCAACGCUGAGAUCACCGAGAAGUACAAGAAUGCUCUGGUUUCCCCGACUUCCGAACAGAUUCUGGCAUACCAAGAUCAGCAAGUUGCUGAGGAUCCAUUAGAUGUUGACUGA